ACAAGUGCAGAGUCUGGGAAGCAGAUCCACUGGGGACCCAAGAGGAUGAAGGGGCUGAUUGCGCUAUGCUUGGGCCUCCUGGCCCUGGCUGAUGCUAGCCGGUCACCCAUCCAGCAAAAGGCUCUGGACCUAGUGCUGGAGUUCUUCCACAGCAGAGACCUUGUACAGUCAACUUUCAAGGAACAAGCUGUGACCCAAGUUGCAGAAAUGGGACUCCCAAUGGGAACCUAUGUCCAACUGGAGGUUGACCUUGUGCAGACUCUCUGCAGGAAACAGCAAUGGAGGACGCAAAGUUGCCGGAUCAAACUAGGCGGGAGGAAACAGAAGUGCCUCGCUUGCUUCAAGUUUGGCUCCAGUAACUCUGAGAACAUUUUGGACCAAUCACUGCGGUGCCUGUCAGAGCAGAACCCAAUCUUCCAGGAAGCAGAUUUUUUUAAAGUAAUAUUUUUCAUAUUUGUAAUCAUAAAAACUCCAGAGGACAAGGACCAGCUUCAAAGAGGGAUUCACCUAUUCUUUCACAUAUAUAUAGAAGAGUGGCUGCCUCAGCUAAGGAGGCAAAGAGGAAGCAAAAUCAGGACUGUGAGGCUGUCAAAGAGGCAAAUGAGGAGCACUACCAGCCUGGCCAGUUCGCCUUUUCCAAGGCACUCCCGCUUUCUUGAGGAUCUCCAUGAAAAAUGCCAUCUUCCUCCUUCUGGAGACACAUAGAACACCCACCAGUUUGGGUCUCGGUGCCAAGGGAGUGGAACCGGUGGUGGUGGUCCAAGGGCAGCCUUCUCUCUGCUAAGCUUGACUUUUGUUCCUUCUCUUUUUAUUCCCAUAAUAAAAGUGGAAAUGGA